UGGGUGUGUAUUCUCUUAUUUACAACUGUUAAAUGAAAGUGUUAGUGAGAGAUCUUGAAUUAUUCACUCUUUUCUCUACAGAAACUUUCUCCUUAACCCACAAUGUAUUUGGCAGUGGGGUGGCUUCUAGGGAGGGGGGAACUGGUAUUACCAUGCUCAGUACUGGGAUAAAUCAGCACCAUUUGUCGAACUAUUUCUAAACUAUUUUUUAUUCCCCUUUUUGCUCACCCUCCCUGUCUCGCUGCCUCUUGGAACGUGGAACAUGGAACAUGGACCUGCCAAUCAUCUGGAAAAAUGUUACCUUUGCGUGUUGGGACAUGGAUAAUGUGGAACAAUCAACCAUGACGACCGAAUCCGGAUCAGACUCGGAAUCCAAGCCGGAGCAGGAGGCCGAGCCCCAGGAGGCGGCGGGCGCGCAGGGGCGCGCGGGGGCGCAGCCCGGGCCGGGGCCGGAGCCGGAGCCGCCGGGCGCGGAGGAGCCGCGGGAGGCCCCGGAGCGCUUCGCCGCCGCCGCGCACAGCACGCCCGUGCGGAAGGAGGUCACUGAUAAGGAACAGGAGUUUGCUGCCAGGGCUGCAAAACAGCUCGAAUAUCAGCAAUUAGAAGACGACAAACUUUCUCAGAAAUCAUCUAGCAGUAAACUCUCUAGGUCUCCAUUAAAGAUAGUAAAAAAGCCUAAAAGCAUGCAGUGCAAAGUGAUACUUCUGGAUGGAUCAGAAUAUACCUGUGAUGUAGAGAAACGCUCCAGAGGGCAAGUGCUGUUUGAUAAAGUGUGCGAACACUUGAACUUGCUAGAAAAAGACUACUUCGGGCUUACAUAUCGAGAUGCUGAAAACCAGAAGAACUGGUUGGACCCUGCUAAAGAAAUAAAAAAACAGAUCCGAAGUGGUGCUUGGCAAUUUUCAUUUAAUGUGAAAUUUUAUCCACCAGACCCCGCCCAGCUAUCUGAAGAUAUCACCAGGUACUACCUCUGCUUACAGUUGCGAGAUGACAUCGUAUCCGGAAGGCUGCCCUGCUCCUUUGUCACCCUGGCCCUGCUGGGCUCCUACACUGUCCAGUCAGAACUUGGAGACUACGACCCUGAUGAAUGUGGGAGCGAUUACAUUAGCGAGUUCCGCUUUGCACCAAACCACACUAAAGAGCUGGAAGACAAAGUGAUUGAGCUGCACAAGAGCCACAGAGGAAUGACGCCAGCAGAAGCAGAGAUGCAUUUCUUGGAAAAUGCCAAAAAACUGUCCAUGUACGGGGUAGAUUUACACCAUGCCAAGGAUUCAGAAGGAGUAGAAAUUAUGUUAGGAGUUUGUGCAAGUGGUCUGUUGAUAUAUCGUGACCGACUGCGAAUAAACAGGUUUGCCUGGCCCAAGGUUCUAAAAAUUUCAUACAAACGGAACAACUUUUACAUUAAGAUCCGACCAGGAGAGUUUGAACAAUUUGAAAGCACCAUUGGGUUUAAGCUGCCAAACCAUCGAGCUGCCAAGCGUUUAUGGAAAGUAUGUGUCGAGCACCAUACAUUUUUCAGACUGUUGUUACCAGAAGCACCUCCAAAGAAAUUCCUAACCUUGGGUUCCAAGUUUCGUUAUAGCGGCAGAACGCAAGCCCAGACACGGAGAGCCAGUGCGCUGAUAGACCGCCCAGCACCUUACUUUGAACGAUCGUCCAGCAAACGUUACACCAUGUCUCGCAGCUUGGAUGGAGCAUCAGUGAAUGAAAACCAUGAAAUAUACAUGAAGGAUUCUAUGUCUGCUGCAGAGGUUGGUACUGGCCAGUACGCCACAACAAAGGGCAUCUCUCAGACCAACUUGAUCACCACUGUGACUCCAGAGAAAAAGGCUGAGGAGGAACGGGACGAGGAAGAGGACAGACGGAAGAAGGCAGAGGAAGUCACGCCCGUCUCGGCCAUCCGGCACGAGGGAAAGACUGACAGUGAGCGCACGGACACCGCAGCCGAUGGGGAGACCACCGCCACCGAGAAUAGUCUGAUUAAGCGAAUAAAGGGUGAAAAUGUGUAUGUCAAACAUAGUAAUCUUAUGUUAGAGGAGCUAGAAAAAACUCAAGAUGACCUGAUGAAACAUCAAACCAACAUUAGUGAGCUGAAAAGAACCUUCUUAGAAACUUCAACAGACACUGCCAUCACGAAUGAAUGGGAAAAGAGGCUUUCUACGUCCCCAGUGCGGCUGGCUGCCAGGCAGGAGGAGGCUCCCAUGAUCGAACCGCUGGUACCUGAAGAGACCAAAGAAGAAAGAGAGAUUUCUGAAAAAGUUAUAUUUUUGCAGCAAGGAAGCUCUCCAUUCCUUGAGUCUCAGAAAGUGGAAACCAAGACAGAGUCCAGUGUCACGGAGGCGGAGCCCACGUCGCACCAGCAGCCGCUGAGCGCCGAGAAGGUGGUGCAGGAGACCGUGCUGGUGGAGGAGCGGCGCGUGAUGCAGGUGCACGCGAGCGGGGACGCGUCCUACGUGGCUGGGGACGACGUGGAGGCCGCGCAGCCCACGCCGGUGGAUGCUUCCGGCGUCAGAGGGAAGGAGGGCCCCGCUCUGACCGAGGGGACUAAGGAGGAAAGAGGGGAGGAGGCCGAGAAAGCCGUCCUUGAGCAAGUGGAGACGGUCGCUGCCUCCCGUGAGCGGCAAGAGGAGCAGAGUACAGCCGUCCACGUUGCUGAAACUCUGGAACAGAAACCUCAUUUUGAGUCAUCAACUGUGAAGACAGAAACUAUAAGUUUUGGCAGUGUUUCUCCGGGAGGAGUAAAGCUAGAAAUUUCUACCAAGGAGGUGCCAGUCGUGCACACUGAGACAAAAACCAUCACAUAUGAGUCAUCACAGGUUGAUCCCGGGACGGAUCUGGAGCCGGGUGUGCUGAUGAGCGCACAGACGAUCACGUCGGAAACCACCAGCACCACCACCACCACGCACAUCACCAAAACUGUGAAAGGAGGCAUUUCUGAGACAAGAAUUGAAAAGCGAAUAGUCAUCACGGGAGAUGCAGACAUUGACCAUGACCAGGAAUAACUUAGUUUGCACAUGAAUCCGGUCAUGCAAACCAUUAGGAAAACCAGAGCCUAUAUGGAGUUCCCUCUUCUAACCCAACUGACUUGUAUCUGUCUGUGGAAAAUUUCAAUCCAGAAGAAUUGACCUUGACCAUUAAUAAAGACACUGGCAGAGAGAUCUUCCCAUAAUAAAGCAAUCUGAAUCAGCAUCACUAAACUGAUACUGCAUGAAGCAACGAUAAAAUUACAAAAGAGCAGCAUUUUUAAUUUUCACAAAAUGUCUAAGUUUUCAGCUAUACCUGCACGUUCAUAACCAACAAUAUAAACCGUGAUCUCAUGUAACACAUAAACAAUUCAUGCCUUUCAUAGUUUAUUAUUAUUAAAGUCUUAAAGAAAAUUGCAGUUUCUUAGAUGACAGCUCUUUUGUUUACAGAUAAAUGAAGAUUACCCUACAAUACUAGAAGCUGUCUAGGUCUGGUGUGUCAAAUUUAUCCCAGAUUAGAUGUGCCAAUAACCGAGUUUAUUCAGUAAACAACUUGAAUCUUGUACUUGUUUCAUCCGAUUUUAUUACUCUCAUCUGUAAACAGUAAUGACUCUCUGACCCUCUGGAAAUAUUUAACGCUUACAAUCUUGCUUUUGUGUAUCUAAUUUAAUUCCUUAUAAGGUAGUACUGAUUUUAGCAUAUUAAUGUGAUUUCUUCCUACUGUCCGCUUUGGUCUCCGUUCAAUCCGGAAAUCUCUCCAGAGUUCCCUAACAAGUCCCAACUAUGUAAAUUGUCAUUAUUUUGGAAAGAAAAGCCUGUAUUUUUGUUAGUUUACAAUAUUAUGACAUUUCACUCCAGGAGAACCUGUUGGGCUUCUGUUGCUUUGUUUUCUUUCUUUGUUUCCUUUUCCUUGUGUUUUUUAAAUUGAUUUUUCUUUUACUUGAAAAAAAACGUGUUUUAUUUCCAAAUAUGGUCCAUAUUUACAACCUAGUUCAGAGCCAAGCCUUAAACUGUACAGAAUUUCCACUGUAAUUAAAACUAUUUAGUGUUUAGUUAUAAAUAGCCUUCAAAAAGAUAUAUUCUCCAUUACACUGUCACCUGCAUCACAGCCCAUGGUGAAUGUAUGUUUCUGCAUAACGAAAUAAAAAUGGUAAAUGCACUGAAA